AUGACAAAUGAGAUUUAUAACAAGGAGUAUCGAAGGCUCAGGAGGCUGACGAGUGAUCUGGCGAUACGACAAGUAUCUUCGGAAUAUGGCCUCACGGAAGAACAAGUUGCAGAAUUCAAGGAAGCGUUCAUGCUGUUCGAUAAGGAUGAAGAUGGUACUAUUACGAUGGCAGAACUUGGCGUCGUGAUGAGAUCUCUUGGACAGAGGCCUUCAGAAACUGAGCUGCGGGACAUGGUGAAGGAAGUAGAUCAAGAUGGUAAUGGCACCAUCGAGUUCAACGAGUUCCUCCAAAUGAUGUCCAAGAAGAUGCGUGGGGCUGAUGGAGAAGACGAACUUAGAGAGGCUUUCAGGGUAUUUGACAAGAACAACGAUGGACUGAUAUCAUCUGUUGAACUUCGCCAUGUGAUGACGAACCUAGGCGAGCGGCUGAGCGAGGAGGAAGUCGACGACAUGAUCCGCGAGGCGGACCUUGACGGCGACGGCAUGGUCAACUACGACGAGUUCGUGACAAUACUGACAUCGAAAAACUAG